UAAUUUGUCAAUCGAUUACGUGUUGUUUUUCACCAUUUCUUUGUGAGAAUCGUUACCACCGAAAGAGAGUAGAAAGAUAAACCCUAGCUAGCUACAGUAGCCAUAACCAUGAAUUGGAAGCUUCUUCGAAGCAUUGCAACCAACAUUGGAAGCAGAAACAGAUCAUACUACACCAGCAAGACCAAGAAACCGAGUCUCUACUCCGUAAUCAGUCCACUCGGAAAUCAAACCACAAGCGUUGCUCCUCAGCUCGAUGAUUGGGUCUAUAAGGGUAACAAGGUCAGUGUUGGUGAGCUUCAACGCAUUGUUCGUGAUCUUCGCAAGCGUAGUAGAUUCACACAAGCUCUCCAGGUGUCCGAGUGGAUGAAUAAGAUUGGUGUGUGCAUAUUUUCUCCAGUUGAACACGCGGUGCAUUUGGAUCUUACUGGAAGGGUUCACGGUUUUUAUGCUGCAGAAACCUAUUUUAAUAGCUUGAAGGAUAUAGAAAGAAAUGAGAAGACACACGGUGCUCUUUUGAAUUGCUAUGUACGUCAGCGUCAAGUCGAUAAGUCUCUAUCCCAUUUGAAGAAAAUGAAGGAGUUGGGGUUUGCUUUGUCGUCUCUAACUUAUAAUAACAUUAUGUGUCUGUACACAAAUAUAGGACAGCAUGAGAAAGUUUCUGAUGUGUUUAAUGAGAUGAAGGAAAACCAUGUUUUGCCGGACAACUUUAGCUACAGAAUCUGUAUAGGUUCUUAUGGUGUGAGGUCAGACAUUGAUGGAAUGAACGCAAUAUUGAAAGAGAUGGAGAGUCAACCACACAUUGUGAUGGACUGGAACACGUAUUCUGUCGUGGCCAAUUUCUAUAUAAAAGCAGAACUUUCAAGUGAGGCAAUUGAUGCUCUGAGGAAAUGUGAGAAGAGGCUGGAUGACAAAGAUGGAGAGGGUUACAACCAUCUUAUCUCUCUUUACGCUCGUCUUGGAAAAAAGAAUGAGGUUCUAAGACUAUGGGAUAUGGAAAAAAGUGCUUGCAAGAGGUGCCUAAACAGGGAUUUUAUAACCAUGUUAGAAUCGCUGGUAAAGCUUGAGGAGUUUGAUGAAGCUGACAAAAUACUCAAGGAAUGGGAAUUCUCUGGUAACUGCUAUGAUUAUGGAGUUCCAAAUGUGGUAGUCGUUGGGUACUCUGAAAAAGAUUUUCCCGAGAAAGCAGAAGCCAUACUUCAAGAUAUAUGGAAGAAGAGAAAGUACACUGAUACAAGCUCUUGGAUUCUAGUCGCAGAUCGAUACUUGCUCAAAGGUGAGAUGGAGAAAGCAUUGGAGUGCUUGAAAACUGCCGUCUGUUUGUAUCCGGAAAAUAAAAAACGGAAGCCAAACCACAGGGUGAUUUCUAGUAUAUAUAGUUGGAUUGGUGAUAAUGCUUCUGUUGAAGACGCAGAAGCUUUGGUGAGGUUAUUGAAAAAAUUCCAAAAGAAUAGACACAUGUAUCAUUCCCUGCUCAAGGCUUAUGUACGGGCUGAUAAAGAAGUGGAUGGGGUCUUGGACCGCAUGAAAGAAGAUAACAUUGACGAAACCGGAAAAACUGCAGAAAUUGUCAAGAUGAAGAAGGAAGGAAACUUGUAAACAAACUUCAGUUUCACAUUAUAUUCUUGGGUGGCUUCUAGCGUGCAAGACUCAUUCAUGUUUCGGUUCAUGACUAAUUUUAGUCCUCAAAUUAAUGACCCCUAAGAACUCUUUUAUCAACCAAACCCAAGUUCUACACUGUUACCCUCCUUCCGUCUCCUCGCUGUGAAACCACAUUUAUUAAUGUUGCAACAAUUUGCAGCAAAAAUGCAGAGGGUUUAGUAUCAAACAUGAAACAAGGAGAGGGACGGAGAGAGGGGUCAAAGACUUGUUGCUGCCACAGCGGCAAUCUGCUGCUACUGACGUCGGAAAUUGGCAUAACGGUCUCAAGGCUAGCACCUCUGCCAGCUCCCAAUAAUAGUGAUGAUUUGUGCAGAGAAGAAUUAGAUAUUGGAAAAGCACUGAUUAAUGUCAAGCACUGUUUAGAUUUGAAUAAGUUAUGGUUGUUUCCUAAAUUUAAUUGCUGGACCAUUGGUAACUAAUGUUUGCCUCACAAUAAAAACUCUUGUCCUCUUGAUGUUGUGAUUUUGCACCAA